UAGGCUUCCGAAUCGGAGUCGUCUUCUCCGAUGAUGAACGAAGAUAUUCCUCUGCGGUGUAAAGCGGCGGAGAGGUGGCUGACAAAAGAGUACCGCACCGUAUCCUCUCUUCUGUCGAAGCUGAUGUAAACAUCGCUGCAAUCCACCAUGAUUAGGUGCGCUUGAGAAGAGUCAAGAUUUUGAAAAAAGGAUCUCUAGUUAAAGUUGUUUGUGCAAGCAUGUCGUCUUGUAUCUCACAAGGAAACACAAGAACGAUUUGUUUCCUAAACAAAUUAACUCAGAUGGAGGAGGUCUCUUCUUCCUCUUCCGAGGUCAAAGCAAUUCCCUUGCCGCCGCAGCAUCAAGUUUUUGUAAAUUUCAGAGGAGAAGAGUUACGGAACAACUUCGUUAGCCAUCUCAGAAGUACAUUUGAGAGGCAUGGGGUCAACAUCUUCAUAGACACGAAUGAGGAAAGGGGCAAACAUUUAAAUGUGCUUUUCGAGAGAAUUGAAGAUUCGAGGAUUGCUUUGGCUAUUUUUUCCGUAAGGUACAGCGAGUCGCAAUGGUGCUUGAACGAGCUGCUGAAGAUGAAGGAGUGUAUGGACAAUGGGAAACUCCUCAUCAUUCCCAUCUUCUACAAGGUUACAGCAGCUGACGUUCGGUAUCAAAAGGGACUAUUCGGUUAUUUUUUCAAACAAAUGCACCAUGUUGAUGUUCGCAAGAAAAACCAGUGGUCUGAAGCUUUGAACUCUGUUGCAGACCGGUUCGGCUUCCCCUUCGAUGGAAAGAGCGACGAGAACAACUUCAUCGAUGGUAUAGUCGAAGCGGUUAAACAAGCGCUGAGCAAAAUUUUGUUGGUUGAAACCAAAGAUGCCUUCAUCAAUCUUUCGAACAACACUUCAAUGUCCUUUGGAAGAGAAAAGCAUGAGAUUUAUGGACUCAAACAACGCUUAAAAGAAUUGGAGGAGAAGCUCGAUCUUGAUUGUGAGGAGACUCGGAUUUUGGGAGUUGUUGGGAUGCCCGGCAUUGGUAAAACCACUCUUGCAAGGGAGUUAUAUGAAACUUUGCAGUGCAAGUUCUUAAGGCAUGGGUUAAUUCAAGAUAUCCGUAGAACAUCAAAGGAGCUCGGGUUGGAUUGCUUGCCUGCAUUACUCUUGGAAGAGUUAUUGGGUGUGAGAGUUCCAGACAUAGAAUAUACUCAAUGUGCAUACGAAUCUUACAAGAUGGAACUACAUACACAUAAAGUUCUUGUUGUUCUAGACGAUGUGAGUGACAAGGAACAGAUUAAUGUUCUUCUGGGGAGAUGCGACUGGAUUAGGCAGGGAAGUAGGAUUGUCAUUGCAACAAGCGACAAGUCACUUAUCCAAGGUGUGGUUGACUAUACUUAUGUUGUCCCGCAGUUGAACCACAAAGACGGCUUAGGUCACUUUGUGCGUUAUGCCUUUGAUCAUCAUUCCAACAUACACAACAAUGACGUCAUUAUGAAGCUAGCCAAAGAGUUUGUGCAUUAUGUCAGAGGUCAUCCACUAGCUCUAAAGUUGUUGGGCGCAGAUCUCAAUGGGAAAGACAAGGACCAUUGGGAAACAAAAUUGGCUACACUCGCAGAAAAUUCCAGCCAGAGCAUCCGAGAUGUGUUGCAAGUAAGUUAUGAUGAGCUGACUCAAGAGCAUAAAGACAUAUUUCUCGACAUAGCUUGUUUUAGAUCGGAAGAUGAGAGUUACAUUGCAAGUUUACUAGAUUCAUCUGAAGCUGCAAGUGAAAUAAAAGCUCUCAUGAAUAAAUUCAUGAUAAAUGUUUCUGAUGGUGAAGUACAGAUGCAUGAUUUACUAUAUACUUUCGCAAGGGAACUUUGUCGAAGAGCAUAUGCUCUAGAUGAAAAGGGGCCACAUAGGUUGUGGCACCACCAAGACAUAACUGAUGUGCUAAAGAACAUAGAGGAAGGUGCGGAAGUCAGAGGGAUUUUCCUAAACGUGAAUGAUAUGAAGAGGGAGAUGAGCUUAGACAGUUGCACCUUCGAACCAAUGCAUGGUCUCCGAUACCUCAAGAUCUAUAGCUCACAUUGCCCUCAGCAAUGUAGACCUAAUAAUAAGAUAUACCUUCCUGAUGGACUUAACUUCCCACUGAAAGAGGUUCGAUAUCUCCACUGGCUGGAGUUUCCAUUGAAGGAAGUCCCACCAGAAUUCAACCCUCAAAAUCUUGUCGACCUUAAGCUUCCCUACAGCAAGAUUGAACGAAUCUGGAGUGAUGAUAAGCAAAAGGAUACACCAAAAUUAAAGUGGGUCAAUCUCAAUAAUUCAAGUAACUUGUGGGACUUGUCGGGGUUAUCAAAGGCUCAAAGUCUUGUUUUCCUAAAUCUGAAAGGGUGCACAAGUCUCAAGUCUCUUCCGGACAUAAAUUUAGUCUCUCUUGAAACGCUUAUCCUCAGCAACUGCUCAAACCUUAAGGAAUUCCGGGUGAUCUCACAAAAUCUAGAAACUCUAUAUUUGGAUGGCACUUCAAUGAAAGAGCUUCCUUUGAACUUUAAUAUACUCCAGAAACUUGUUGUAUUGAAUAUGAAAGGAUGCACGAAGCUGAAGAAGUUUCCGGACUGUCUCGAUGACUUGAAAGCUCUUAAAGAAUUGAUUCUCUCAGAUUGUUCGAAGCUCCAAAACUUUCCGGCAAUCUGCGAAAGCAUCAAGGUGUUAGAGAUAUUACGAUUGGAUGCUACUGCCAUAACAGAGAUUCCGAAGAUAUUGUCGUUAGAAUGUUUGUGCUUAAGCAAGAAUGAUCAGAUCAGCUCCCUUCCAGAUAACAUCAGCCAACUUUCGCAACUAAAAUGGUUGGACUUGAAGUAUUGUAAGAGUCUUACAUCUAUUCCAAAGCUUCCACCAAAUCUUCAACACUUGGAUGCACACGGUUGUUGCUCACUUAAGACAGUCUCGAAUCCACUGGCAUGUCUUACUACAACUCAACAGAUCUAUUCCACAUUCAUUUUCACGAACUGCGACAAACUCGAAAGGAGUGCAAAAGAAGAUAUAUCUUCCUUUGAGCAAAGGAAAUGUCAGCUACUUUUAGAUGCACAAAAGCGUUGCAAUAGUUCUGAUUCGGAGCCGUUGUUCAGUAUUUGCUUUCCUGGAAGUGAACUACCUUCUUGGUUCUGCCAUGAAGCUGUUGGACCUGUAUUAGAGCUCAGAAUGCCUCCACACUGGCAAGAAAAUAGGCUUGCCGGUGUAGCUUUAUGCGUUGUUGUCUCAUGUCCAAACUCUCAAGUACAAAUCAACUGUUUUGCCGUGAAAUGCACAUUCAGACUAGAAGUAAAAGAAGGGUCGUGGAUUGAUUUUUCAUUUCCAGUUGGAAGGUGGAGUAAUCAGAGCAAUUUAGUAGAGAAUAUUGCAUCAGAGCAUGUCUUUAUUGGGUAUAUCAGUUGUUCAAAGAUCCUUAAACAUCUUGAAAAGCAGCAUUUUAACAGCUCGAAUCCUACAAAAUCUAUGCAAUCUAGUACUUGCAGUACUACUAAGGCUUCCCUUAAAUUCAUGGUCAUAGAUCAUACGUGUGAGAUACCAAGAAUCGAAGUGCUCAAGUGUGGCUUAAGGUUUUUUAAAGGUGUUGGGAGCAGUGGAAAUGGUUUGAAGAAGUUGGAAGUGAAAGAAGGUGAACAAAAUCUAAGUGCCGAGAAAGCAUCAGAAGCUUGGACGAUUGGUUCAGGCAGCAGAUGCACCCAUGUUGUCAAAAGACGUCCAGUACAGAUCCAAAAGACACUUACCACAGAGGUUGUUGCACCUUCACCUGAAAAAGCUGGCAAUGCAAGAUUCCAAAUCGAGAUCACCUCACGUGAAGCUCAACCACAACCACAACCACGCCCAUGUUCGAAAACUUCUAAAUGGGCAUGUUUUGCUUGUUGUGACUGCCAAAAACAUCUAUGAACAAUGGAAGAGUAUGAUAGGUCGACACUAGAGAAUAUAGCCAGGUACGUCCAGUACAUAUAAGAGAUCCCAAAGAUUCGGAAUUUUGGGGUGUUUAGAAUAAGAAACCAAAGAAUGAAGAUUCCAAGUCUUGUGACUUGGAGGAAAACUCUUUAAUUGGAUUAUUUACCUUGAUCGGUUUGCUUGUACCACCUACAUGGCAAUUUAAGUUCUGUAGCUAUUAGGUUACUGUAUGAAUUCGUUUGUGAUUUGAAUGACUGGGGUUUUCUAACAACAAACACUCUGUAGAUAA